AUGCGCCAAAACAAAUGGAAAAACCCACACGAAAAUUAUAAGGAUUACCAGUCGGGCAACGUACAUUAUUCUCCCUCAGUACUGUCAAGUGUGGAUAAACUUCCUCAGAGACUAGUACAAAAAUACACUCUUCUUAAAAUAAUCAACCGCUCUGGUUCCAAUAAGGCAUUGCAGUGUUGCUGGAAAUAUAAAGGUGAAAGCGAUAGUAGAACAAUUCGAAAUAGAGUGAAACGUGGUGUUCGUGAACGAGACGGCAAGAACUUACAGAGACAGGUCUAUUCGCAUGCGAAGCGGUUAUUUCCAAGAGAUUCCGACGACACCUUAGCAGCUGCUGGUGACCAAACGACGGACAGAGAGGCACUGCUCGACGAAGAUGUACAGUCGAGUCAUCUCAACCACUCAGAUUCAAACUACAAACUUCCAGAAACUGCCACACACGAGAUUCCUUCAGAUGUGCAGGAAACCACGUAUACUUCGGUAAACAUUUUGUCAGAUGGGUUGGAAGUCGUUACAGCUCCGAACAUUGUUGCGACAGAAAAUGAGCCUGAAGACGAAAAAAGUACGGAAUCUCCUCAUGCUGAUGCUGCCGACCCCAUAGAGCAUGUUACAACCUCGCACCAGGAGACAGACAAUUCACUGGUGCAGUCACAACUGCACGUUGUAAACAUAGAGAAUGAGCCCGAAGACGAAAAUAAUACGGAAUCUCCUCAUGCUGAUCCUACCGACCACACACAACAUAUUGCCACAUCGAACUUCGAGACGGAUCAUUCACAGAUGCAGUUACAACUACCCGCAGAAUUUGAAUCAGCUUCCGAGGCAACCCCUACACCGCAAGAUGGAAGUACUACAGUGCUAGCAGAGAUUAUCACUUCGACAGUCUCAAAUACGGAUGCGGUCACGUGGUGGCCACCUCUGGUGAGCGUUACACCGGAGAACACCACCAGCGACACCGCCUGCCACUGCGAAGAGCCGCCUUCGGACCCUCUGGUUGCCGCUGUGCUGCUUCUGUUGGGUCACGUAGCUCCUCUGCUGUGGUCGGUGGCCGGUCGCUGCGGGUGCGGGCGCUGGCCGAUGUCAGCUGCGACGCUGGAGCUGCUGCUGUGGCUGCCCGGCCUGCUGGGGGCGGCGUCGCGGGCGGCCGGCGUGCAGACGCCGGUGCGGGGGCCCGCGUGCCGCGCCGCCACCGCCGCCGGCCUCUGCGGGGCGCUGCUGCGGGUCUUCCAGGCCGUGCUGUCGGCGGCGCGCGUGCCCUCCUCUGUCCGGCAGGGUCCCCGCUCCGCGGACUCCGCCUCCACCACGUCUGGGACGCGCAAGACUGGCUGGGUGUCCGCUGAGGAGGCGGGCCCCAGUAGCGGCGUAGAGCUGCCAGCCAACCCGGACGCUCGGGACCGUGGAGGCACCGCCAAUGAAACAUCAAUUCAGAAACCCAGUCACGACGGAGAAGGUCCGAAGAGUGAGCACAGUGACCGAGCCCCAGACAGUGGCACUCAGGGGGCCAAAUUGUCGCCAGAACUCGAGGCUGUGUUUGUUGUUGGGAACACUGAGCCCUGUACAGGACGGUCCAAGCCGGAAACACCACUCGAGUGUCCGGCACAGAAAAGUGAACGACAAUCCUCCCUUAAUAAUAUUCCAAAGUUCUUACAAGUCAAUUCUGUUUCUCUCCCAGUUCCAAAACGACCAACGGACUGGGCGCUGGAAGAUGAAACAGACGAUGGUAGUGACAAACCAACAGAUCACGAAGACCAUGAAGAUACACUGAGUACACGGGACGCCAUCUGCAGCACGUCUACAGCCACAGCCAUUGUCACGGACAGAACUGAACGAGUUUUCAAGUGA